CUGUUACCAGACUGCCCUUGUGCCACGUGUUGUUCUUGACAUGCUGGAAGAAAAAGGGUGGGAAGUAGUAUCUUCAACUGGCAUUGGACAAACUUGUGUAUGGACAUUGCGUCUUUCUAAGUAAUAGUCACCAAAGAAGUCAGGAUGAAUGACUCGUUACCUCCAAAGCCAGUAGCACCUCUUCCUAGCGAUUGUUGUGGUACAGGUUGCUGUCCUUGUGUACAUGAUAUAUAUGAACUGGAUAUGAAACAAUGGAAAAAACUCUGUGAGAGUCUGAAAAAUAAUGGAGUCUGUGAUGAACCUAAGGAAAAGGCAAUAUUUCCUGAUAGAUGGACUGAUUUUAGGAUUAUUAAAGUUGAAACUAUAACACCAACCUGUUUUAAGUAUUUGUUUGAAUUGAAGGAAAAUGAUUGCCUAGGGUUAGGUAUAGGACAGCAUGUUAUAAUAAAGCAAACAAAAGAAGGGAGGCCCAUUUCAAGGCAGUACACUCCCGUGUCGGAUAUUACGCAAAAAGGGUCGUUUGAAAUUAUCAUCAAAAUUUAUCCAAAGGGGAAGAUUACACAGAUUAUUAAAGAUUGGAAAGUUGGGGACAUGGUACCUAUGAGAGGCCCUUUUGGCAACUUCUCUUACAAGGCGAAUAGUUACAAACGAAUUGUUAUGCUGGCAGCUGGCACUGGCAUUGCGCCAUUGUAUCAAGUCAUGAGAGGAAUUACUGAAAAUGAGGAGGAUGAGACUUUCAUCACAUUGCUCUAUGCUUCUAAGUGCUUUUCGGAAAUGCUGCUAAGGGAUGAAUUGUUGUCUCUCUGUCAAUACUGGAAUGUCCAAGUUUGGCAUUAUUUAAGUCAAGAGGAUGAUAUUACUAAGAAAAAAUAUAAUGAAAGGAUUAUAGGUAAUAAACUAUCCAAAACUGAUGUUAGUCAGGAAUUAAAAAAGGGUCCAAUUUCAGCUACUUUAGUUCUUAUAUGUGGAACAAAAUCUUUUGAUAAAGAUAUGAUUAAUGCAUCUUUGAACACUGAUAUUCCUGAGGAAAAUGUCUUCAAAUUUUAAGAGUAUUAAGGUUGCUGCUUAAUGUAUAAGUAUACAGUUGUAUACUAAAGAUAUGCUUCAGAAUUUAUUGCAAACUUUUGAAGUGAUUACACUUGUGUAAGCUUGUAAUUAGUCUUCAGUAUAUAACUGGCUAAGGACCACAUAUUCUGUUUCGUGCCAAUAAUAAAUGUAUCCUAGUUUUAUAAGAAAUAAAUGAAAAGUUCAG